CAACGCAGCGUCCGGUCAGGGAGAAGGACGCGAUCCGGCGGGGCUAUGUGGAGGACUGGCUGGCAGGAGUUUACUGAGGCCGAGGCCUACGUGGUGGGGAAGCGGCUCGUCGCGAGAGGGGAGCAAGUGAUGGAGCAAGAAGGGGUUGCCAAGAACAGGCCAAACAUCCGGGGCCCCAGUAGCAGCCCUCGCUGUCUUUCCGUUAUCCCCACGGACAGUGACCUGAGUAACCUUUCCAAUCCGAAUAGUCCUUGCCUGGGAAGAGAAGAACUGGAAACUGUGGGUCCUGCAGACACCACCCCGCUGGCACAACCUCGCAGCCGGUUCCUCAAGCAGAAGCCACAGAAUGUGGACGUGGACGUCCAGCAAGCAGGGCUUAAUCCUGUCACGAGGGGGGGGCUCGGUGCUACCUCCAAGGAGAGACCAAAUGCCAUCCUCAGAAAGCUGGCGCAAAUAGAGAGCAAGAUCCAGAGUCGGAAGCCCAGGCAGAGCAUCAGUCAGAUACCUGUGUUGGAUCUUGAACUCUCAUUGAGUGAAUCAAAUAAUGAUUUUGAAUUUAGGACAAGGGAUCUGAAGUUCAUGAAGAAGACAGCCAGACUGAAGGAGAACAUCAAGGUUCAGCCCAAAAAUGUGACUCUUGCAGACUCAGCUGGGUGUGACAGUGAGGAAAAUGCAGAUGGAUAUGGACAAGGGGUCCCCAAAAAGUCCAGAGGACAGGGAGAUGAAUUCAAAUUCAAACCUAAUGAAAAGUCCCUACCAGAGACAUCUUCCAAUUUAAGAUCCCUGCCUGAAGAAAGGUUGGUGAAGAUGCAUCUACACCAUUCUCCUUCCUCACCAAACAGGAAUACAAGAGCAAGCCGUGUGGCUUCUUGUUCCUCCCCUCCAUCUAUAAAAGGCAGCCCAGCAGAUACAAUGUUCCAUAAUAGGAGCUCCAGCUAUCAGAGGAGGUCUCUUUCUGAACAGAGUAUCUUCCAAUCUUUGGAUGAGUUGUUCUCAGAUGUGACUGAUAUACAUAAUGACACUUCCAGCAAUAGUGAUUUCAGAGUGAAUAUUUUGAGCCUGGAUGAAUUGGAACCCUGCCAGAAAACAGAAUUAAAAGAAGAGGUAAUGCAAGCAGUUAAGAAGUCAAACGAGGACUCAGGAGGAACAGUUCUGUUUCCUGCUAAUGCCCAAAGCCCCUUUAAAACCUCAGCUGUGCCCUUGGAGGAAGAGGAAAAUCUGGAAGAGACUGAGAUAGCUGAGCAGCUAAAUAGCAGUUCUGCUGAAUAUUCCUCCUGCAAGGAAGAAAGCCUCACCAAUACUGAGUAUUCUGAAGAUUUUGAGCCCUCAACAUUUUCUGCCACAACCUCUUCUGAAAAGUCAUAUGACCUUUUGGGUCCCUCUGUUCAUUCCAUCCAAUCUAAUUUAUCCUCUCCCCGCUGCCCUUCUGUGGCCUCUGGGAGCACCAAAGACAUAAAGAAGGUAGAGGUGAAAGAAGCAGCUGUGCAGACUGGUUCCUUCUCACUUGCUUAUCAUGGGUUUCAAUAUGAUGUUCCCACUGCUGUUGGCCAGACAAUAGAACAAAGCUCCGUUGAAGCUCCAGAUAUUAGCAGCCACAAGUUGAAUAUGGAAGUCUUAGAAGCCCUCUCAAUGUACAGUCCGUCUAUCUCUGCUUUGAAUAACAUGUUAAAACAAAACUUGCUGCUCAUUCAGCAGUCUGUAGAGAUCAAUCGACGUCUUCAUGCCUCCUUUGUGGCAUCGCUGGAAGAGGAGGAAUACCACUAUCACACCCUGGAAGAAGCUAAAAUGUAUAUUGAACAGCACAAACCCCUGCCUCUGACCAUGGAGCAAGCCUUGCAAGAGCUGAAAGAGCAAGAACAAAUGGCUUCUUAGGCUCAUUAGACAACAGACAGCACCAGAAUUUCUGAAAGAGCUAAAGAGAAUGAACAACUCAAAUCUUACGGAGGUGUCUGACUGCGAGAUCGGGACCGGCGUCGCCUACCAGGGGAGUAGGAUUUUGAUCUGGACCUGGAGCGGGAGCGACUUCGUGAAGACCGGGAUCGGCUCCUACUCC